UUGGAGUGAUAUACUCCUCUCCAUUUUAUGUGUUCUGCUCUUCAUCUUUGUCUCCCGAAAUUCUCUCCAUUUUCUUUGAUAAAAAAUUUGAACAUGGUAUUAGAGCCUUUCAUGAUCUUUGAGGGCCUGUGUGAGAGAGAUUUGAGAGAAAUAUACUACCAUAAACUCCGGCCAAACCCAAAUAGUUUCCAGCAAGUUUUUCUUUCAAAAUACCCUAUUUUGACCCAACACAGCAAACUCUUCUGACCAAAAAUGCAACAAAGAUGCUGCAGAAGAGAGUAUAUGAAGCUGUGAAGUUGAAGGUUAACUUGACGUCCUUCAAUCUUCUUGAGGCAGAAGAUCUGCAAGAAGCAAGAGCAAAAGAUGCUGGUUUAAUGAUGUUUUAUGUUGUUGCUAUGGGUCAUGUUUUAUUCUACAGCAUUAGUCUAAAAGGGCAAGGAUGGCUUGUGAAGAUGCAGAUUGGGACCAAGAGAGUACUCAACAUUGCAUCAAGUCAUUUUUCAUGAUCGAGUAACCAAAAUCCUUAGCCCAAGGAAGCUAUAGAAGAUGAAAAAAGAUGAUGAAGUCGCACUUUGAGGUACUAAUUCCUUAUUUUAUUUGCUCAGAAAAUGUAACUUAGUUGCAAAACCUCCAAAAUUUGUUCGAGGCAACAAAAUCCAAAGAAGGAAAGCUGUAAUGAAGGAGGAGCUGAGGUUGUUUGAGAAGGAUGGUACAUGGAUGUGAAAAAAAAAAUGGUGAAAACCAAGCACAAGAUGGAUAGCAAAGGGUUGAUCCCAGGUGCUUAGGUAUAAAUCUAUUUCUGUUUUUGAUUUUGCAGCUUUGAUGCCAAGGAGGAGUGUUGGAAUUAUUGCUAGAAACGUGGCAUUCAAAUCUGCAGAAAUGAUGAAAUGAAACUGCCAUGAAAUGGCAGCAACGAGGCUGAAAAUUGACAGCAAAUGAAGCUGCAAUUUGAUAGCAAAUAUGGCAGCAAUUUAGCUGCAAAUAUGAUGGAAAUGGAGCUGUAAAAUGACAGCAAAAAUGUGCAGCAAGCUAAGAUGCAAAUGUUGAUGAAAUGGGGCUGCAAUGAACAGAAAAUGCAAAU